GUUACAUUGCUAAAAUAUCGUUUUUUUUUUAUAUUCUUUUAUUUUUUCUUCAAAGUACCUAAAAUGGAUCAAGAUAUUGAUCAACAUCUCCGUGAAAUACAAAGCGAAUAUCUAGAUUUUCUAGAUGAUGGGGAAGACCAAGGCAAAUACACACAACUCGUUAAAAAUAUGGUAGCAGAUAACAGUCGAAGAUUAGUUAUCAACAUUAACGAUUUGCGAAGAAAAAACCCUGUUAGAGCUACUGCGUUACUCAACAAUGCAUUCGAAGAACAAGUUGCGUUUCAAAAAGCCCUAAAGGAUUUUGUGUUCACUGUCUCCACAGAUUACGCAAAAGAUAAGGAUGACUUCUUCAUAGCCUUCGAAGGCAGCUUCGGGAAUAAACAUGUAUCACCAAGAACGUUGACAUCCCGAUAUCUUGGAAAUUUGAUAUGUGUCGAAGGCAUAGUUACUAAAUGCUCUCUCAUUCACCCAAAAGUUGUACGUAGCGUACAUUUCUGUCCCGCCACUAAAAAAGUGAUGGAAAGAAAAUAUACAGAUUUAACUUCACUUGAUGCAUUUCCUUCAUAUGCAGUUUAUCCUACGAAAGAUGACGAAGGGAACAGUUUGGAAACAGAGUUUGGUUUGUCCACUUACAAGGACCAUCAAACGAUUUCCAUUCAAGAAAUGCCAGAAAAAGCUCCUGCUGGGCAAUUGCCACGAUCUGUAGAUAUUGUGUGCGAUAAUGAUUUGGUAGACAUGUGCAAACCAGGUGACCGCAUACAAGUUGUAGGAAACUUUAGGUGCUUACCUAACAAGCAGGGUAGUUUUACUAAUGGGACAUUCAGGACAAUAGUUAUAGCUAAUAAUAUUACGCAAUUAAGCAAGGAAGCAAAUCCGGCAAUUUCAAGAGAAGAUGUCUCCCGUUGCAAGAAUCUCGCAAAAACCAACAAGAACGUUUUUAAUUUAUUAGCAAAAUCACUAGCACCGUCAAUUCACGGCCAUGAGUACAUAAAAAAGGCCAUUCUGUGCCUUCUCUUGGGCGGCGUCGAAAAAGUAUUGCCGAACGGCACAAGACUCAGAGGCGACAUCAACAUAUUACUAAUUGGAGAUCCUAGUGUCGCCAAAUCACAGCUUUUAAGGUAUGUACUCAGCACGGCUCCCAGGGCUAUUGCGACAACUGGUAGGGGCUCCUCUGGUGUUGGUCUAACCGCAGCCGUCACGACAGACCAGGAGACUGGCGAACGGAGACUGGAAGCGGGCGCUAUGGUUCUGGCUGAUAGAGGGGUGGUCUGCAUAGACGAGUUCGAUAAGAUGAGCGACAUCGACAGAACAGCUAUACACGAGGUUAUGGAGCAGGGAAGGGUUACUAUCGCCAAAGCGGGGAUCCACGCCAGUUUGAAUGCUAGGUGUUCCGUAUUGGCUGCAGCUAAUCCUGUAUACGGCAAGUACGAUCAAUAUAAAACACCGAUGGAAAACAUCGGUCUUCAAGAUUCCCUUCUCUCUCGUUUCGAUUGUUUAUUUGUCAUGCUGGACACCAUCGAUGAGGACCAAGACUUGAAAAUAUCCGACCACGUUGUAAGGAUGCACAGAUACCGGAACCCCCUAGAACAGGACGGGGAAGUUUUACCGAUGGGCUCGAACGUUGAUAUGCUGUCGACGAUGAAUCCUGACGAGGAGGAGGGAAAGAAAGAAACUCCCAUGUACGAAAAAUAUGACGCUCUGUUGCACGGGACCAACCGCAAACGUACCGAUAAAAUUUUAAGCGUGGAUUUUAUGAGAAAGUACAUCCACUUCGUGAAAAUAUUGAAGCCGGCAUUGACGGAAGAAGCUUCUGAGAUUAUUUCCGAUGAAUACUCCAGAUUGAGGUCUGAAGAUGUCUUGGAUAAUGAUGUCGCAAGGACGCAACCCGUGACACCCCGUACCCUGGAAACCAUGAUUCGUUUGUCCACUGCUCAUGCGAAAGCCCGGAUGUCUCGAACCGUGGCUGCGGAGGACGCGCACGCUGCCAUCGAGCUGGUUCAGUUUGCUUACUUCAAGAAAGUUUUGGAGAAGGAGAAGAAGAGGAGGAAGAGAGGAAAUGAGUCUGAAGACGACGAUGACGAUGACGAGCAAAGGCCAAAACGUUCCAGACGUAGGUCUACUGUUGGGGACGCGACAGAUGAUGAAUUACGUUCUACGCAAGGUUCGACUAGAAGCGGAGAAACACUUAGAACGACGGAAGAGGAACCGUUAGCAGAGGAGUUGCCGCUUAGUGGAGUGAAUGGUUUAAACGGGCAUUCCCAAGAGGAAAGCAUGGAAGUGGAUGACAGUCCACAUGAAAUUACACUCGAAAGGUUGUCUUUGUUUAAGAGUGGUUUACAGAGGACCUUCAGGGAAAACAGGGCACAGUCGCUCGCUCUCUCGCGUAUAAGGGAGUCUGUUAAUAGCGACAAUGCAUCGCCUUUCACGCAAGGAGAAAUUCACGCUGCUAUAGAACGAAUGACGGAUGAUAACCAAGUGAUGUUGGCCGAUGGCAUCCUUUUCCUCAUUUAACUUUAUUUUUAUAAGAAUUUAAUUUUAUAUAAAUGAAAGAUAUUUUUGUAAACUAAACAUUUUCAUUGGUAUGUUAUCAUGAAGUUACAUUAGAAUUAAAUAUUUAACAUUAA